GGAGGAGUAGGGGUGCGCACAGCUCGGGGUUUGUUGCACGGGCAGUGGAGCAGAGGUGUAACCGAGCUCAGCUGCUGCCGUGAGGGAAUGAGAGCUAUUCCCGUCCCCCGUGGGCUGGUCACGUGUCCCCGGGGAGCCUUUGGUUGGGGGACCACGUCGGAAGGGCGAGGGAGCGCGCCGUUGCGCACAGCCGAGUUGGCCAGCGACAUCCUUGACAAGCGCCUAGGAUCCGGCGGCAGGUCGGCCAGAUCCGUUUUGUUUUGGGGCGUUGUCGCGUACACUCCACAGUGGCAGUGUGGUACACGGAUCCGUCGGCCACCGGCACCGCGUGCGUGAUCCCUCAAGUCACGGUCUCGUCGAAAAACUUCUGCGCCUGCCAACUGCGAUUUUGACGGCGAGCGUCACAUCGUCGCCAUCCACCGCCACGGGUCGACGCACGGGGCUGUCAGCGGCGAACCGAGGUAACUGGCCAGCUUCCGUGGGAUUUGAUGCCACCUUUAGAUUGGUUCAACUGAAGAUGGAAACACUGGAGUCUGAGCUGACCUGCCCGAUCUGCCUGGAGUUGUUUGAAGAUCCCCUGCUCUUGCCCUGCGCCCACAGUCUGUGUUUUAACUGUGCCCACCGUAUCCUGGUGUCUCACUGUUCCACCAGCAAGCCCCUUGAGUCCAUCUCAGCCUUUCAGUGCCCCACCUGUCGUUACGUCAUCACGCUGAAUCACCGCGGCCUGGAGGGCCUUAAGCGCAAUGUGACGCUGCAGAACAUCAUUGACCGCUUCCAAAAGGCCUCCCUUAGCGGCCCCAACUCCCCCACUGAGAGCCGGCGCCUGCAGCCGCAGCGGCCCUACACCGCCACCAUUAGCGGUACAAUAGCUGGAACAAUUGGCGGCGGUGGUGGCACAAGUGGAAGCAGCGCCCGCGGCAGCCCGGCCACUUCCAGCCACUCCCACCCGCACGCCAACCACACUAAUCACGUCAAUCACACCAACGCUAACCACAGCCCAGCUGUUGUAGCUAAAAUGGAUCCGCGCAUCAGCUGCCAGUUCUGUGAGCAGGAUCCACCACGCGAGGCUGUCAAGACAUGUGUCACGUGUGAAGUAUCAUACUGCGACCGCUGUCUGCGUGCAACCCACCCUAACAAGAAGCCGUUCACCAGCCACCGCCUGGUGGAGCCGGUGCCAGACACUCACAUCCGCGGCUUGACUUGUCUGGAGCAUGAGAACGAGAAGGUCAACAUGUACUGCUUGGUGGAUGACCAGCUCAUUUGUGCCCUCUGCAAGCUGGUGGGGCGCCACCGAGAGCACCAGGUUUCCUCACUCACUGAACGCUUUGAUAAGCUCAAGGCUUAUCAGGUGAGCCCGGGCAGAGUGUCAGAUGCGGUAAUGGAGGCUUCAAAGACAAGCGCUGCGCAAACCCUGGAGAACAACCUGACCAACCUGGUGAAGAGGAACAGUGAACUUGAAAACCAAAUGGCAAAACUCAUCCAGAUCUGCCAACAGGUUGAGGUGAACACAGCCAUGCAUGAAGCCAAGCUGGUGGAGGAGUGUGAUGAGCUAGUGGAGAUCAUUCGCCAGAGAAAACAGGUCAUCGCUGUGAAGAUCAAAGAGUCCAAGGUGAUGAAAUUGCGUAAGCUGGCUCAACAGAUUGCAAACUGUCGCCAGUGUCUGGAGCGCUCCAGCGCCCUCAUCACACAGGCUGAGCAGAGCCUGAAGGAGAAUGACCACGCCCGCUUCCUCCAGACCGCCCGAAAUGUAGCAGAAAGGGUUGCCAUGGCGACAGCCUCCUCCCAGGUACUCAUCCCUGACGUCAACCUGAACGAGGCGUUUGACAACUUUGCCCUGGAUUUCUCCCGAGAGAAGAAGAUUUUAGAAGGACUAGAUUACCUAACAGCUCCCAACCCGCCAUCCAUAAGAGAUGAGCUGUGCACCGCCUCCCAUGACACCAUCACUGUUCACUGGACGUCCGAGGACGAGUUCAGUGUCACCUCCUACGAGCUGCAGUACACCAUCUACACCGGCCAGACAAACUUCAUCAGUUUGUACAACUCGGCAGACAGCUGGAUGAUCGUACCCAACAUCAAGCAGAACCACUACACGGUGCACGGCUUGCAGAGUGGCACCCGUUAUAUCUUCUUUGUAAAGGCUAUCAACCAGGCAGGAAGCCGCAACAGUGAGCCAGCCCGCCUCAAAACCAACAGUCAGCCCUUCAAGUUGGACCCAAAGACAGCCCACAAGAAGCUUCGUCUUUCCAACGACUGCCUGACCAUGGAAAAGGAUGAGAGCUCACUGAAGAAAAGCCACACCCCAGAGCGUUUCAGCGGCACAGGCUCCUAUGGAGCAGCUGGUAAUGUCUUCAUUGACAGCGGGUGCCACUACUGGGAGGUACUGCUGGGAGCCUCCACAUGGUAUGCCAUUGGCGUAGCUUACAAAUCAGCCCCGAAAAACGAAUGGAGCGGCAAGAACUCAUCCUCAUGGGUGUUCUCACGCUGCAAUAACAACUUUAUGGUGCGCCACGAUGGCAAGGAGAUGCUGGUGGAGGCAAGCCUGCAGCUGAGGCGGCUAGGUGUCCUGCUGGACUACGACAACAAUUCACUGUCCUUCUAUGAUGCCAUGAACUCCCAGCACAUUCACACUUUUGAAAUCUCCUUCCUCCUGCCAGUCGUACCUACUUUCAUGAUCUGGAACAAGUCAGUCAUGAUACUCUCAGGGCUACCCGUCCCCGACUUUGUCGAUGGUAUGGCCUCAGAUCUUCAAGAGCAGCAACAGCAGCAGAUGGGCCUAUGCCGACAAGAGUCCCCAUACUUGACUGGGAUGAAGACCUGCCACUGAGAAAGGUCCACCGAUGGCCUAACAGAGUCCACUCAGGCCCGGUGACUGAAAGGUUGACUGGUAGCUGAAAGACAUUGACAUCGUGACUGAGUUCUGCUCUAAUCUUCAUUACAAGUGGGCUAGUUACUUUUUUAUGGAUUCAGAAAUUGAUGGAAAUAUGCACACAAGUCUGGAAAAAUGUCAGUCCUGUUAGUUUGUUUCCAUCCAAUGCUUUGCAAAUCCAUCAGUGAAUGGGAACGUCUCUUGACUGUAAACGUCAGUUGACGCAAAACUCAUCUGAUGCCCUGGAGUCAUUGAGGAAGAUGGCUGUGGUCUGUCAUUGGACAGGGCAGAAUUCCUGGUUUUCUUGACCGUUUAAGGUCUUAUUUUUUGAUUCAGUUUCCUCUUGAUUUGACCCUGGGCAGAAGACCAAGGAGGGAAUGUUCUCGUCAGCCAUUUAGAGUUUGAAGUACAACUUGCACAGUGACAUUACUGAAUGUCUCAACUCCAGUAGAUUAAAACAAACCACAGCAAAAGCAGAGGAAACAAAUACAUUUUAAAAAGAAUCUGGUGACAUUUUAACAUUAAUUUAACGUAUAUCUGUCACGUCAAGGUUAUGUCAAAUGAAUAAAUUUUAGAUUUGAUGAAGUGAUCAGAGUUAUCCGAAUUAAAGGAAUAGUUUGACUUUUUGGGAAAUACACUCAUUCUGGUAUUGGCUUUUCUGGCAAGAGUAAGAGAGAAAGUGAACAAGUCUGUCUCAAAAAAUUUACUCAGUUAAAUGUGAAUGUGUCUUCUUUAAGUUUUUACUGUGGGAGCUAGAUGCUACCAUCUUGCUAACACAAAUACAUGCUAGCCACGGACCUCUGAUGUUGCAUCACAGCAGGGUGCAUUAAAAAACUUCUGGUGUCCCUGUUCGUGUUUGGCACCUUCAGUCGCUGUAAGGGGUCUUUGCUUAAGUCUUUUCCUUGGUCUUCCUCCUAGAUUUUACCCAGCAGCUUCCAAGGUUCAGGAAGUUUUAAUGUUGCUGCCAUAUAUUAACAAGGUCACAGGGAGUAGAUUUGCACCAUGUGGCUACUCGACUUGUAUAAUAAGAGGUUUAUUGAAUAUUAGCGGAAAACGUGUUAUUUAUGACAAAGAAGAUGGUUUACUUUAAUUAUUAAUCUCAACAUAUUCAUGCACUUUUUAAUUAACACUAUUUCCCCUCUAUGAGUAUUGGAAUAGAUGGAGCUGAGUGGCAGGGCUGUAAUGGGGAGAGAAAGUGACAACCAGUACUGUUGCUGGUUGUGUUAAGUCACAUUUACAAAAUAAUUUAUCAUCAGUAAUGAUGGUUACCAGAUAUUAACCAUACAAAUGUUUAUUGCAAUAAAAAACUGUUAACUUUUUUGUUUGCAAUUACCUAAUCUGGUCACUCAAAGCACUUUGCAAUAAAACAGAAGUCUCUGCUGUAAAGUUUUUUCUCUGUGCUUUGGACACAACCAGUGACUUUCCCUCCCCAUUGGUCUUUUUUGAUAGCAUAUAGUAAAUUUAUCUUCUUUAGAAAAGGGAUAUGAUUAUGAUGAUGUUUAUGCGAUUUUUAUCACGAUGAAAUGAUGAUAAACUAAUAGCUAUUUUAAAAAAAGUUAUCUCUUUUUUCGACAAUUUCAGGGAAGGAGGGGUUAACACUUUUAACUUGCUGUCUGUCACAAUGUCAUGGCAUGAUUGUGUUUUCCUCUGUGAUUUGUUAACACACACACACAUACACACAAACACACACGCACACAAACACACACUAACACACAUCAUGUUUCGUUUAGGUUGGCCUUGUUGUGAUAAAUGCAUGAUACACUGUAGGAUCCCACAAUGGUUCACUGGGUAAUUUAAGUAGCUCUUUCAAGUUCACCAAAACUUGUUUUCAUCAGAUAUAGACUCACCUGAAUAUUUCCUUACAAUAGACCUUGAACUCUUUUUGCCACCCAUCACUACUCAAAUAACAGCUGUAGCUGGAUCCAUUGUUUGCUUAUUAUUUGGAUUUGAAGGCCUAGUGUCGAUGGCAGUUCCUCUCUGGUUUGAUAUUCAGGUAGCAGCGCUGAUUCAGACAAUCAAAUAUGUAUCACAGUUUAUGCAGAUAUAAGAGGUUUGGUAGCAAGAAAGGUAGGGAGGGAUCAUGAGGUUGAGGCUGUGUUGAAAAAAGCAAAUUAUUUACAUGCCUUGUUGUUAGAUUUGACAUGAAAAACUGGACAUGUCAUGUCCAUUUUUACUCUCUUUACACAUCACCAGAAUGUCCUUGAUGUCAAAUGUCAUGUAACAUUUUUUACAUGACAUUUGACACAUUUGUAUUGACAGGCUAUGAUUUGCCUGAUUUAAAAAAACAGACAUACCCUGCAAACACUGACUGAUUACAGUAAUUUGCUAAAAAAAAAAACCAUAGUUACUUAUGAAUGAGAAAAGAUCCAGUGAGGUAAAACUCAGCUAUGGAAAGGUAGUGAAAAUCUGACAACAUGGUCUCCCAGUGUACCUUUCAACCUGCAGAGUUCAUUUAGGGCAUCUGCAUGACGCAUCCGUCAUGAUUAUUCAAUUGAGGUUUUGAUUGUCUGAGUGCAACAGCGCUAAUCCACUGGUCAAAGGUAACACAGUCACAGUGGGAGCUCCAGUGUGAGAGGAGAGCUAUUUUUUCUGUCAGGGAGAUUAGUGAAUGUUACCAGACUUCCAGAUAUCCACCCAUCUUGCUGAAUGAUGUCGGUUACAGGCUCAAAACAGCCAUGUGUUGAUUUGUGAUCCGCACUGACAAGCUCAACUCAUCUGUGCAAGUGUGCUUGGCUGGGUCACUGCAUGAUUAUGUGACCUUGCUGCAGGUUCAUAACUCUUUCCUUAUCUUCAUGAUGAGGUUUCUUAUCUCGAGUCAAGCGUACCCCCCCCCCCAAAAAAAAAAACACAACAAGAAAUGUUCAUUGCCAUGCAUAUCAGAUCGUUUGCAGUGCUCUUUCUUUCUUUGUGUCACAAGUCAGUACAGUAAAAUAUAUACAGUGGAUGAUUUUCAAUAGCUACCCACUCUUUGUAGUGCAGUGUAAUAUCCUAGAGACAAUGCAAUAGAUUCUCCUUUUUGCUUUUCUGUUUGUGUAACUUGAGAAAUUAUUUUUUACAACUUUAGAGAAACAUGUUCCUCUCCUUUUGGCACUUGGACCUUGUUAAACAGCACAAAAAGAGCAGCUUUGCUUUCGUGCAAGGCUUUCUGUUUCCAUAGAUAUAACUUUAGCCAGAGAGGAAAGUAAAUCAUAGGGGGAAAUAUAUAUUAUAUAAAGUUGUAUAAUAUACAAAAUAUAUAUGAACCAUUGUUAUUUAUGUGAAUUUAAGUCCAAUUAAAAGUCUGAUCCCAGA